AGGAGGAACGGAGGAAGGAAGGGAGAGCUGACAUGGUGGUGCAUGCCAGUAUUCACUAUCACUGGGGAGGCUGAGGCUGUUGGAUUGCUUGAGCUUGGGAGUUCUGAGCGAGCCCCUGGAAGUGAGGAACCACCAGGCUGGCCAAGGAGGGACAAGAAAACCUAGGUGAGAAAGGGCAGGUCAAAGCUUCUGAGCCCGUGAGUGGGUCCUGCAUUUCCAGUGUGGGUGACAUAGGGAGACUCAAUCUCUCUCCCCUCCAUAAAGAAAUGUUAAGUGCUUUUAUAUGGAUUCCUCUGCCUUCAACCAGCUCCAGAAUCUCCUCCCAUCCAGAUAUUUCAGAAAUACCCCAGAACCAUCCAUUCCUGCAGCUUCAGUUGUCACUGGAAAGGUAAAGCAAGACAGGAUACCAUAGAGCGAAGGCAACCUCCAUCACCCUAGAGUGGCAGGAAAUGCUUCUACAUGGGGGAACGACCAUACAAUGGGCUUCCGGUUACUCGCUCUGAUUGUUCCGGACCACUCGCACCUGGCCUCGACAAUGAAACCUAUCGCGAGAGGGGAGGAAGAAAGGAAAUCUCCACAUCCUGGAGGCUGAGGCCCGGGGUUCUGGAGGGAACUCGCCCUCAACAAAUUUUAGGAAAGGAGCGCUUGGAGUUCCGACGGAUCUGGUUGCCCUACGGUAUGUUUGUCGGUGCACUGCCUGGGGGCGGGCCUGCGCAUGCUCAAAUGGGAAAAGGCAUGACUGGUUCGGCAGAGUUGACUGAGCCUGAAGCGGGACAUUAAAUCUUCAUUCCUGCCCUGUUUCCAAUGACCAGACUGGACCUGAUUUUCUGAAUAGAACAGGGAGCAAAGCCAUGGAAUCGUGAAAAGAGGGAUGUGGACAGGAGUUUCCACUCAGGAACUAAAGACAAGAAAGAAGAGAAAAUUCCAAUGGGAGAAGGACUUCCAGAAAAGGGAUCUGAUUGGAUAUUCUCUGGGGUUUAUCCUGGGAAUGAGGAAUCUUACAUGUUGCCUUCAAUUGGGUUAGCCAAAGUCUGCUCCCAAAGUCCUGAAGCUGGGGAACCUCAAGGGGUUCUCUUAGAUCAGACUGAUAGGGCUAUUUUGGAGAAGAGAUGGAACCAAACCACUUCUUGGGAAAAACAGCUGAAACCUUUUCUCCUCAGCCCCUUUCCACAAGCAUCCUUUCCCCAGGGAACUCCCUAUCAUUGUGCUGACUGUGGGAAAAGUUUUUGCCUGAAGUCCAACCUUCUGACCCACCAACAAACCCACACUGGAAGGAGACUAUAUCAAUGUCCUCAGUGUGGGGACAGCUUUGGAGACUACACCAGUCUGUCCACCCAUCAGAAAGAUCACAGUGGGGAAAGGUCUCACAUCUGCCCAGAGUGUGGAAAAUCCUUCAAUGAUGCUACCAAUCUCAACACUCACCUUAGAGUUCACACAGGGGAGAAGCCCUAUCACUGCCCUGUGUGUGGGAAAAGCUUUAGCCAGAGCUCUGGUCUUAUCCGACACCAAAGAACCCACACUGGUGAAAAGCCUUAUACAUGUCCUGAGUGUGGCAAAGGGUUCCAGCAGAGCUCAGAUCUUGUGGAACACCAUCGUACUCACACUGGUGAGAAGCCUUAUACCUGUGGAGACUGUGGCCAGAGCUUUGCCAGGCCCUCUAAUCUGGUCCAUCACCAGCGCACCCAUGCUUCCAAUCGGGUUUUCUGUUGUCUAGAAUGUGGAAAGAGCUUCCAGCACAGCACCAGCUUGAGUCGCCACCGGAAAACUCAUACUGGGGAAAAACCUUAUAGAUGUCCUGAAUGUGGGGACAAUUUCAGCCAGAGCUCCAACCUCCUAACCCAUCAAAGAAGUCAUACAUUAGAGAAACCAUACAAAUGCCCAGACUGUGGAAGGAGUUUCAACAGGUCUUCCAACCUCCUCCAGCACCAACAGAUCCACAGUCCAGACAAACCCUAUAAAUGCACAUACUGUGAGAAGGCCUUUAACCGAAGCUCCAACCUCAUCACCCAUCAGGGUACCCACACAGGGGAGAAACCAUAUAAAUGCCUGCAGUGUGGGAAAGGCUUCAGAUCUGGUUCCAACUUGAUUCAGCAUCAUGAAACCCACAUGGGAAGCAAAUCCUAAAAAGACCUAGGAAGAAAUGGGCAGCAGCAGGGAAGGUGGGGGUGGGAGGGGUUGAGGGAAAUGUUUGUGCUGCCAAAGAAAAAUCUAUAUUAUGCUUAAAUGAACCAGCAAUGAAAGUGGGAGAACCAUUGCUGAAGGAAGGGAGAUAGGCCUAAGAACUUGAGAGAAUCCAAAUCAUUAGCUUACAGGAGCUUCAAGAAGUUUUGGGCAGAAGAUAUAAAAAAUAAGGCCCAAUUUCCACAUCCUUUUCUCCCCUCUCUAUUUCGAUUCUCUUAUCUAGAAGACUUUAUUUGGCAGGUUCAUUUGUGUGAAAAUGAAAUGAGAGGACAUAGAGCUGUGCUGCCAUUUUGCUUGUGUCAGCAGGAGGAGGAAGGGAGGCAUAGAGUACCGUGGGGAACCAUAGGGACUGGGUGCUAGUGGGAUUGCUUCAUUGAGAACAAAAAGCCUUGAUCAAGGAGGCUGGAUUAUUGCCCAGUUAUCCAAGACAAUAUGGGCUUGAGAUGGGGGUGGCAACAUAGACCCUUUUACUUCCAAAAGAGGUAGUUUUAUGCACUGACCACAGUCUGACCUGGGGAAAGCUGCUUCUGAAAAGAGACAGAAGGGCUAUUCUUAAUCUUCCUACCGAGGAAGGCAUCAUCCAGGCCUUACCAGCAAGCUAGGUUGCCAAUAGAAACAAAGAACUCCCACCUGUUCUCCUUAGGGCAUUUACCCUUCAUCUGAGACAAGCAGUUCUAACUCUAACCCCUAGGCUCUAGUGGUCCCUACUUCUUACAGAAAGGUUUUUUUACCUAUUCUCUAAAAAGCAAAAUCUUUCCUGAUGACCUAGCAUCAAAAACCAAAAAUGCCAGAGUAUUAUAAUAGCAGUUUAGUGCUAAAAGAUUAGGAAAAGAAAUGAGAAUAGCAAAUAUCUGAACAAACUAUUAAAUGUGGUAGAGUAAGAUAGAGAAGAGAAAUUUAUGGGGCUUCAGGAACAAACAAGUUGGGUUAUACCAGGCUUGUAAAGUGGAGUCAAGAAGCAGACUCUGUGGCCAGCUAUGUGCAAAGACUAGGUGAUGCAUAUUUUAUCCAUCUUGCUGCCACAGUUCCCAUGCAGUGCUUUCUCUCCACUUUCCUUUAGGCCUUCCAUUGUAGUCCCCUCCUAUUCCUCACCUCUUACCUCCUACUCUUCCAAAAAGUUUACAAGGUAUGUAAGGAUAGUAGUCACCAUUCCUGGGGGGAUAUUUAGGGAACUAUUCAAGUGGAAAUGGAGGAGACGGAGACAAGAGAUGGAAUCAGGCAUGGAAGACUGGGGGAGGCAGGGAGACCAAAAACCUGUCCUUCAGAGUAGGAAAAGUGAAAGCUCUUCUAAAUGUCAAGACCAGAAUUAGAGAGUAAUGAAAAGUUGGCUUCAGCAACAUAGAGGGAAAACAGGAAUUGUAGUUAAAGGUGAGAAAUGGCAAGGAGAGGACCAAAAUAUGUACCAGGAA